GUGCUCUCCCCCCGCGCGCUUGCCUUUGUCGCCGAGUACUUUACUACUCCGUACGGUCUCGUGCUACGCGUCGAUCCUCUGACCGGAAGAAUUAUCGAAUCUUACCACGACACCAAAGGCGAGACCAUGCCGUCAAUCUCAAUGGCACUUGAGACGACGGAUGGCAGACUCUAUCUCGGAUCGGACACGAAUUAUUUCCUGGGAAGACUGGAAAACAAGUAUCUCUUCAAGAAGAACCUAUUU